AUGACCAAUAUAGUUAAUAAUAAGCUUGUCAUUUCUCAAGAAUCUGGAACCAAGCCAUUGACCUUCACAUUUGUGCCAUCCAUUGGACGACUUCCAACUCAUUUUGAGGUUGUGGAUAUCUCUAAGUUCCUUGUGACAAUUCCAGAGGAACCAACAGAUCUGAGCAAGCAAGAAGUUUUAAAUAAGUCUAACACAGUCUCCCAUGAGUUGGCCUUAAAGAGUGGGGCCAGACAAGCCUGUGCGUCCACUGUCUGUGCAGACAACAGCCCAACGGCUUGCCAGUCCCUGGGGUGUAAUUCAAGCAAAGGAGAAAUGCAGGAGAAUGACCUUUUUAAGGCUGAGUUUAUCCUGAUUACGGACUCCGGUGAUGAAGAUGAAGUAGCUGCUGCCUCGAGCAAUGCUCAUCGACCUUCCAAUGGCUAUGGUCCCAUCAGUGCUCAGCUGCUGACCCCAUCCCAUGUCUCCUCUGGCACCGGGGCAGGGAAGCCUCCUGGCGAUGGGCACCUUCCAGGUGCUGCGCUUUCCCACAGUACUACUGACCCACAAAAACAUCAGUUAAUUUCUACUCUUUCCACCUCUGAUCAUCUUUCCUCUAAACCACCUGCUGUCCACUUAAUUUCUCCAGUUAAUCAGAAAGUAGCGUGUGGUGCCAUGGUUAACAUGACUCAAGCCUCUUCGCUGGAAGAUUCCUGUAAAAACUGGCAGUCAGCAACUGGGUUUUCUAAGCAAGACUCAUCUCUCUACUUUCAGUCUGCUUCCCAUAGUUCACAUCCCUCCAUGUCUAAAAUAUCCUCUGCUGCAUCAAAGAGUUGGUACUCUACUCCUCAAUUGUCUGGUAACCUAGAAACACCAAGUCUCUAUACUCCUGGCUGUGUUUGCAAAAUGGGAGACUUCACCACAUCCUCUGUUCCAACAAAGAGCCCAAGUUUUUCCCCCAGUCCUUCAUGUUCAGCUGAAAUUCAAGGAUCCUCAGCUCAGCCUUCAUCCCCCAGUUCUUCCAAAAGAUUGAAUGCUUUGUCUCCUCUCCCUGUACAUAUAACAACACAUUCAUUAUCUCCUACUCCUAAACCUUUGUCUCCACCCUCUCUUUAUGGCUCCUCUUCAACCAUAUGUAGUAUAAAUGAACCUUGCACACAAAUGUCAUCUAGAGGAAAUUUAGAAAAGUCAGGAAUCAAAUCCCCUCUGCCAACCAGACUGACUCUCUUAACUGCUAUUUUGAGAUCAGGCUCCUCUCAGCGGAGACCGCUUUCUCCUGCUUCCUGUCCCACAUUUUCUCGUAGCUCCCUUGGUUCCUCAACACUUACAAUAGAUCAAAAGUCCAAAACAACUCCCCCAACCCCCAAGAAAUCUGUUUCAAGCCUUCCUAUACAGCCAGAUUCUCCCAGCAGAGAGGAUUACUGGCUUUCAGGAUGGGCUCAGCAUCUGCCUUUUUCCUCCAAGCCUCAUCCCACCCCUCGAGCAAGGUCCCUUUCUCCUAAAAAGCAUCUUCCAGUUCGAACACUUUCUCCAGACUCCCAAAGUUCUCAGUCAUCCUUCAUCUCCUAUCAUAGAAGAUCAGUUGCCUCUCCAGAUUUGCAGUCUACGCUGCCUCCUCCUUGUGCCCCAGCUCCCUCUUCCUUAGCUCUUUCUCCAGAAGGGCUGCGGUCUGCUGCCUCCAGAUCCCGGGCGCCUCAAAAGUCUCAGAGAGUACACACUUACUCACCCAUCUUUACCUGCCGGUCAUAUCCUUUGCUUUCUUCCACCAAUCUUAGUGGUGUAUUCUCCCCCACCCUAGAAAAACACUCAUCUCCUACCACAGGUCUUUUGCCCUCAGCUUCUAGAUCUAAGUCAGAUUCAUCCCGAAUGUCUGUUCAGGAUAUGAGUGUCUCCUCUCCUACCCCUCCAAGUGUCUCAAAGAGGUGGUCUCUCCCACAGCCUCACUCUACCCCACCAGUUCCACAAACUGGUAAUAUUAAUUCCCACCCACUGCAGUUUAAUUAUUCAUUGGCGCACACAAGUUAUAGGUCUAAUUCCUCCUCUCCAAGACCUGAACAAUCUGCCACCUCACCGGUGCUAAAGUGCAGAUCUCCCAUCUCAGACAAGUCACCAGGUAUACUGCCAUCAAGACUCAGAGAGCUGACUUCACCACAGCCUUUUUCCCUGCCUCCUGACCAUGACAACACCAAACCCAAGCAGUACAAGAUCAAGACAAGCUACAAGGCAUUUGCAGCAAUCCCUACAAACACAUUGCUUAUGGAACAGAAGGCAUUAGAAGAGCCAAUGAAACCUGCGAGUGCGAGUGAAGGCACCGCCUUGGACACUCAUUCAGAGAUGUGCUCCCCUGCCCAGCUUAGACAACAAACAGAAGAGCUGUGUGCUGUCAUUGAUCAAGUCCUGCAGGAUCCGUUGACUAUGCGCCGGUGUGAGUCUUCUCCAAGUUUUCUGCAGAUGAGCAUGGAGUCAGAUAUUGGCAAGAUUUCAACAACACUGCAGAAAGCAGCUGGACGUGAAACCAAAUAUGCCAGCCUUUACAAAUCGGUGCCUAUGGUAACAGAGAGUCAGAUGACAAAACCCGGUGUCAUUCGUCCCAUGCUGGUGAAAGGAAAGAGUGCACAGCAAAAGGAGGAGCCCUAUCAACCCAAUCCUUUUAAAAAGUACCUUGAAGAAAUCAGUGAUCAAGGUAUUGAACAGACUGCUCUCCUACACCUUCUGUAUCCAACUAAACUGAUCUCCAAGUCCCCUUUGCAUCCUCUAUCCGUCUCCCUCACUGACUGUCUAAAUUCUGGACCUUUCAGCUACUUGUCUUCCAUCACAUGUGAUGUUCACAACAAUUCUUGUAGCCUCUACAGACACAACUCUUUGUACAACAAGCCCAGUCAUCCCAUGAUGCCUAUUCCAGAAAAUGAGACACUCAGCUCUAAGGAGGUUUCCAAAGAAAGAGGUUCUGUUUAGCUCUGAUGGCCCCAAAUUAGGAUCAAGAGCUGAAACUGCAUUUUGAGGCCUCUUUCUAUACUGAGAAGGAAUCCACACCACAAAUCUUAUUUAAAGUACCAUAAAAAAAAAAUUGUUUCCAAUAUGAUAAUUGUAAAGCACUAAUAACAAUCAAAUAUUCUUUCAAGAGAUAAUCUUAAACACUAGCUAAUUAACUCCAGAGCUACACAGUUGAAUAUACCAUUUCUUGAAAUGCUUGCCGUUUUAAGAGAUACCCAAUAUAA